CUCGUGUCGACUUGAAGUGUCGAUCCUUCGUGUUCCUGGCGAUUUCUCCCUUCACUGUGGGAGAGACAUGUCGGGGGAUCCUUUGGGGAUAUAAGCUUUCUGUUGGAGCCGUCGCAUUCCGGCACGCGGGAUGGAAAACGUUUGACCUGGUGAACGGCUGGGCAUGGAUCUCCUCUUGUUGGAUGUUUUACUGUGUGACAAUCCAGUGUUUCAGACCCACUCCCCCUGCUGCUUGCCCGCCCCUCCUCCUCAUCAGCUGUUGCUUGGGUAAAAGUAGAAAUCCCCGUUUACCUCACUGGAGAAUACAUGCACUGAAGGAUACUUGCGAGGUUGAGCAUGUACCCUGACGAUUCGGCCGAGGUCUUGACUGCCGCAGACUCUGAUAUGAGGGGCGAUGCAGGCGACACUAGGGCGAUGCCGCCAGGAAGGACUUCAGAAAUCCCGGCUGAGGAUCCUGAAGCUGAAAUGGGCACCGCUGAGGGUGGAGAGCCUGCUCUCCAGACGAUGGACAACGGAGCGCGAGAGGGCGCAGAACCUCGCCCUGCAGACGAGGGACCGGGCGAUAGACCUUCCCUGGCCGAGGAGGACGUGCAACCCGCAAGGCCUCCAAGGAAGAAGAGGAGCAUCAAGCAGACGGCUUCUCCCUCAGGAAAUCAAGACGUUGCCGGGAAUCGCCAGGACACAGGGUUAGACAAGGAGAAGAAAGAAGAGAGGAAACCCUCCGGAGACUCGGCCCAAGGAGAGCUGCACUUCAGGAGGAGACAGAAGGAGUUGGAAGAAGAGAAGGGCGAGGCGAGGACGAACCAACCCCAGAAGAAAAAAACGGAUGACGGACAGAGAAAGAAGGAAAAGAAGAAGAAAGAGCAGGAAGGCCCCAAGAAAGACCUCUGCCUCUCGAGCGACGACUCCUGCAUCCGACUCAAGAAGGAGCUCGGCCUAUUAGAUUCCGUCGGCCUAAUCAUGGGCAAUAUCAUCGGCUCGGGUAUAUUCAUGUCACCCCGAGGCGUGCUGGAAUACUCGGGCAGCGUGGGCAUGUCGCUCGUCAUCUGGGUGGCGUCAGGGUUCGUGUCCAUGGUGGGAGCGCUGUGCUACGCCGAGAUGGGUACGAUGAUUCCCCAAAGUGGUUCUCAUUACACGUAUCUACAGGAAGCUUUCGGUCCUCUGCCGGCGUUCCUGUACGUGUGGUUGGUGGUCACGAUCCAGUUCCCUUGCAGCAGAGCGAUCGUGUCCCUUACGUUCGCCAAUUAUAUCGUUCAGCCGUUCUUUCCGGGAUGCGCCGAGACACCAGAGGCCGCCAGGAAACUUAUUGCAAUUGCCAUAUUGCUGUUCCUGGGUUGGCUCAAUUCCCGGCGAGUGAAGUGGGCCACCACAGUGCAAGACGUGUUGGCACUCACUAAGGUGUUCGCGCCCCCGGGCGAUCGCCAUCUCGCUGACCUCCGUGACCCUGAUCUACGUGCUGACCAACGUGGCCUACUUCGGCGUCCUCUCCCCCGGCGAGAUCUUGGCCUCCGAGGCCGUCGCGGUUACCUUCGGCCAGCGCGCCCUCGGGGUCAUGGCGUGGACCAUCCCUAUCUUCGUGGCCUGCUCGACGGGGGGAGGCCUCAACGGCGCCAUCUUCGGGGCCUCUCGGCUCCUCUUCGUCAGCACCCGCAGGGGACACCUGCCCAAGGUCCUCGGCCUCGUGUGCGUCGAGAACUACACGCCCGUGACGUCCCUGAUCUUUCUGGUGCUUAUCUCCCUCGUUCCCUUCAUCACGGCCGACAUCCGGGUCCUGGUCAACUACACCGCCUUCGCCGGGAACCUCGCGGCCGUCGGCACCAGCGCGGCCUUCCUCUGGUUCCGCUACAAGCAGCCCGACCGCCCCAGGCCUAUCAAGGUCUGGAUCGGAUUCGGAAUCCUGGAACUCAUCAUGACCCUGUUCCUGGUGGUGUUCCCGGCCGUGAGGGAGCCAGUGCAGAUGGCAGCGGCGCUUGGCAUCGUCCUCACCGGCCUCCUUGUGUAUUACGUCACUCAGCACCGCCAGCUCACCAGUCCCAAGCUGGAUAGCGUCAUGGAAAAAGUGACGUACGUUUGCCAGAUGUUGUUCGUGGCGGUCCAUGAAGAGCGAAGUGACUGAAGAUUGGCAACAC